AUGAGAGGCUCUCUUCACUCAUUCAACAGAUCUGUCAAUCGUUCAAAGAUCUUUGCCCUACUUGUUCUAUCUACAAUCAUUUCUUUUGUGCUUGUUUACAACUCUAUUGAUAUCACUGACACGGUUAGUGUCAUUAUUGAAAAGUCACAGAAUAUCACAAAACUGGAACCAGAAACACCAAAAGAAGAGAAGCCAAAGCAGGAAGAACAACCAAAAGAGCCAAAAGAACCUAUUGAAUCGGUUGAAAUAACCGUCAGAGUCAAACCUGAACCUCAAAAUGUGAUAACUAAGCCAAAGGAACUUUACAACACCGUUUUCCAACUCAUUAGAGAUGCUGACCCAAAAGUAGCACCUUUUAAUAGAUAUAAAUCUGGAGCAAGAAUCCCAAACGUUGGGUUCAAUGAUAAUUCCAAAAUUCAAUUCUCAAAAGAAUACUUAUCUGAAUUUUUACAAUUGAAUGAAACUGAAUUGGAAAAAAUGAAAGAAUCUCAUUCUUCAAUUGUUCCUAAGUUCGAAAACAUCACCACUAAAGAUAUUUAUAAAGGUGAUGGUAUUGUCUUUGUCGGUGGUGGUAGAUUCAACUGGAUGGCUUUGAUGUCUGUUAAAUCACUCAGAAACAUCGGUUCAGAACUCCCAGUUGAAGUUAUGAUACCUAAUCAGGCUGAUUAUGAAGCAGAUUUAUGUGAAAAUGUCUUGCCAUCUCUAAAUGCUAAAUGUUUAUACCUUCCAGAGAUUUUAGGUAAUGAAACUUAUUCAAUGUUGAAAUUUGGAGGUUAUCAAUAUAAAUCAUUAGCCUUAUUAGUUUCAAGUUUCAAGAAUGUCUUGUUAUUAGAUGCUGAUAAUUUAGCUGCUUAUGUCCCUGAUGUUAUUUUCAGAAAUGAACCUUUCAAAUCAAAAGGUAUGAUUGUUUGGCCAGAUUUUUGGAAACGUUCAACAUCUCCAGAUUUUUAUAACAUUACUGGUAUUGAAGUUAGUUCUGAUGAACGUGUUUUACCUGGAUUCACUGAGAAUGAUAAAAAAUAUUUCCCAUUACACCAUAUGAAAGGUUCAUUAUUAGAUCCAACUAGUGAAUCUGGUCAAUUUAUAUUGAACAAAGAGACUCAUUUACAUGAUAUGUUUUUAGCACUAUAUUACAACAGUUAUGGACCUAAAUACUACUAUCCAUUAUUAUCUCAAGGUGUUGUUGGUGAAGGUGAUAAAGAAACAUUCUUAGCAGCUUCUGUUGCAUUACAAAACACAUAUUUCCAAGUCAGAAGAUCAGUUCAUGCAGUGGGGAGAUUUAAAAAAGAUGGUCAUUUCGUUGGUGUUGCAAUGGGUCAGUUUGAUCCUAUUCAAGAUCACUUGAACUCUAUUGCUAAAACUGAAGAAGAGAAAAAGGGGCCAAGAAUGUUGUUUGUUCAUUCAAAUUUUCCAAAAUUACAUCCUGUACAAUUGAGAGAACAAAGAAAGUUGUUCGAAGGGGAAGAAAGAGUUAGAAUGUUUGGUCCGAUGAAGGGGCUUGUUGGGUAUGAUUUUGAGUUGUUUCAGUUUAGAAAUAUGGAGCAUUUGUUGUGUGAUUUGAGAAUUGAGCUUGAUACUUUUAAAAAGGAGAAUAGAACCACAAUGUGUCAAGAGAUUCAUCAACAUGUUGAUUUUCUGGUUAAGCAUCCAUGA